AGUCACCUAGGUAGUGUUUCUGGCCAACCAAACAGACCAGAAUUUCAUAUAAAUAUAUGGUUUAUUGAUUAUUCUCUCUCUCCCCCCUCCGAUUCUGUACAGAGGAAUUCAGGGUACGUUUUCUCUACACAAGCGACGUCGUUUCUUUGUUCCAUCGAGAGGCGAGCCCGGCAUUCUGGACAGUGUAGUAGUAGUGUCAAGUUUGCUUGGGAAGAGAUGAUCGUCGUCGUUGUUUUUCUUUUUUGAUUCUGUUUGGCGAUCCGAGUUGUGAAAAGUGAGUCGUAAUUGAGUCAAUAGAGAGUCUACUUCAUCGAGUUGUUUCUGUGUAUGCGUUUUUCUUGAGCGAUCUGAGGUGAUUUGAGUUGAUUGAAGUCUAAUCAGGAGGUUCGUGUGGGUUCGAGUUUGAUCCGGGAUAGUCCGCUUUUGGUGUUAUCGACUCGUUUUUAUGACCUGAGUUGGAAACGAGUCGGGAUUUUGAGUCUUUGGAGAUCAUGCAAUUCAUAGGAAGGCAACAUGAUAUUUGAAAAUGAACAAUAAAACGUGAUUGUUUUCGUUUUGAAUGCGAUUUGCUUGUUUUGAUUCUGAUCCGACUGAGAAAAAGAUAAACAAGGUCAAAUUAGACUCGCGAAGAGAUUUGGAUAGCGAGGAGAUCGGUUUUCAAAUAGAGAACUCUGUGGAGGAAGAAUCAUGAGUGCGCAACUUUUGGAAAUACAGCCCCGCGAACUAAACUUUCUAUUUGAACUCAAGAAGCAAAGUUCAUGCUCAGUUCGACUUACUAAUAAUACCUAUCAAACUGUUGCUUUCAAGGUCAAAACCACAUCUCCCAAGAAAUACUGUGUUCGGCCAAAUGUCGGAAUUGUCAUGCCAAAGUCGACCUGUGAUUUUAGUGUCACAAUGCAAGCUCAAAAGGUUGCUCCUCAUGAUAUGGUCUGCAAAGACAAGUUCUUGAUCCAAAGCAUAGUUGUACCUGACAAGACAACCGAGGAAGACAUUACAGCUAGCUUGUUUGCCAAAGGUGAUGGCAGUUAUAUUGAAGAGACCAAGCUGAGGGUGAUCCUCGUUAGCCCACCUCAUUCACCCGUACUGUCACCAAUCAAUGGAACAUUGAAGCAGGGUUCAGUUUACGAAGCUUUUACAUUAAAAGAUCAUAUUCUUAGUGGACCUGAAGUGCUCACUGAACCGCACCUGGUCAUCGGGGAUGUCGAGACCAAAGUAAUACACAGUGAGAAGUUGAAUCCAUCCAUGGAUGCAGAGCUGAAGCCAGAAAUGGAUGCUGAGAACAAGGAGGUAGGAAAGGAUGCAGGGUUGAAGCUUAACAAGGAUGUGACUAACAUCAAAGAUUUAAAGUCUGCAGAUGAUUCUGAGUUGAGUGGAAAGGAAGAUAUAAUAAGUGAUACAGAGUUGAAGACACUGAAGGAAGAUAUGGACUUUAGUCAAACGAUAGAUGCAGAGUUUAAAACAGUUAUGCCUAUGGAUUUCAAAACUGCAAAGAUUGUAGAGGAGCUUAACUUGGCUGAAGAUAUUGAGGAGAUGAAGUUGAAACUAAGCAAGCUUGAGUCAAAAUUAAAUGAGGCUGAAGCUACAAUUUUAAAGUUAACAGAUGAGAGGAGACUAAGCAUUCAAGAAACAAAAAUAUUACAAGAGGAACUAGAAAUCUUAAGGAGAGGAACAGGUGUAAGAAAAGUUCAGGUGGGAUUUCCGCUCUUGUUUGUCUGUAUGGUGGCACUCAUCAACUUACUGGUUGGAUACCUUCUACAUUGUUGAAAAUGAAUAAUGCCUGAUGAAAAGUUUGUUAACUAGUUAGUGAUAUAGAGUACAGACAACCUCCUUGUCCAAUAAUUUGCUAAGUAUGGUGCACAUAGAGCAUCUCUUCUCUUCUCUUCAGGACCAUCUCCGAGUUGCUUGUAGUAUAAACCAAGUCAAUUAACCAAUUAAGGGAACUCUGGAAAUGUAAAGGAAUGUGUUCCUAGUCGUACUCUUGAUAAAAGAACAGGUGCACAUGUUAUGUUGCUUAUAGGAUGCUUUCUCUAAUAAUAAUGCUUUUUUGGAUAA